UCCUUGUACUCGGGGGGAUAGUGUGUGGGGUGUGGGGCUUGUGUUCCCCAAUUACAGCUCGGAAUUGUACUUCCCUCAGUCCCCAGUGUCACAUAUAUAUAUAUAUAUAUAAUUAUAACUAACAGCAAGGCCUCGUCUAUUUACCUGUGACACACACGUGAUGACAUGACUAUUAUCUACACACUGACCGCCAGUUACACUGGGAGUUGUAGUUUUAUCUCUUCUGAGGCCCCAGACACCGCCCCCUGGGAGUCAUUAGUGGAACAGUUACAGGUGCACCGCUUGUUCUCACUCCAGACAAGUUGACACGGGGAGACUCUGGGCUUCUAUUAUUGGGGUGCUGUUUAUAUUUCUGUGUUGUAAAGCAGUGGAUGUGGGGAGACGAGGACACGUUGAGCUGCUGGUGACUAUGGCCAAUCCCCUGAGAGGAGAAGUUGUCCGACUGUAUAAAAACCUUUUGUUCCUGGGCAGAGAGUACCCCAAGGGGGAGAGUUACUUUAAGGAGCGGCUGAAGAAGGCAUUUAUGAAGAACCGAGACGUUAAAGAUCCGGAAAAGAUCAAGGAACUGAUUGGCCGGGGAGAGUUUGUUAUCAAAGAGCUGGAAGCCUUAUACUACCUGAGGAAAUACAGGGCCAUGAAGCAGAGGUAUUAUGAAGACAAGGACAAUCCCUAAAUCCAGUGGAUCAAUCCCUGCCAUCAAAUUCCAGCAAGUAACUGUUAGGCCACUGACUGCCUAUCGCAGGUUUCUGAUACUCAAAUGGCUUGUGGUUUCUGGGAAAAAAUAUACUGUGUGCUUUAAUUUAACGGAGGAUUGUCACGUGAAUGUAUGGGGAGAUUGUGUUAGAUCUGAUUCAAUAAAUUGCCUUCAAUUGUG